GUUUGUUUAUGGUUAGGUGCUAAUGUUAUGCUUGAAUAUCCUAUCGAUGAAGCUGAUGUAUUAUUAAAUGGAAAUCAAAAAACAGCACAAACAACUCUUACAAAAGUUGAUGAAGAUCUUGAUUUUUUAAGAGAUCAAAUUACUACAACAGAAGUAAACAUGGCUCGUUUACAUAAUUGGGCUGUUAAAUUAAAACAACAAAACAAAAAAUAA